AUGAUCCCGUCGACGGUCACACAGGAGAAGAAAAAUGACUCUUCGAAAUCUAAAUCUCCAAGUGCACCUCCUUCCAUCAAUCUGAAGUAUGGGAAAAUGGAAGAAGACGAGAAUGGUGUCUCCUCUACGACAAGAACAACACCUCGAUUUGUCACAUCCCCAAUGGUUUCGAGCCUUAUUGCUGCCAAGUGUGAAGCUGAAGCAGUAAUUAAAGUAUAA